AUGAUUUCUACGAUGUACUCAGAAGAAACAUCGGAAAGAUCUUCUUUUCCCUCUAAACGACAUCUCGAAGACCGAACUGAGAACCGUGAAGAACAUAGCAAAAGAUUGAGACCAACAAGUUUCCGUGAUCAGAAGGUAACCAUCCCUCAAGGUUGGUUAGAUUGUCCUCGCUUUGGUCAACAUAUUGGAUUAAUCAUUCCUUCGAAAGUUCCUCUCAGUGAAUCUUACAACGAUUGUGUUCCUUCUGGCAAAAGAUACAAUUUCAAACAGUGGUUAACUAAGAUUGGUCUUGUGAUUGAUCUGACUAAUACAACUCGUUACUAUCAUCCUAACACCGAGUUAAGACAGAACCGUAUCGAGUAUGUUAAGAUUCGUUGCAGUGGUCGUGAUUCUGUGCCGGAUAAUGUGUCUGUAAACACAUUUGUUCACGAGGUUACUCAGUUCGAGAAUCAUAACUUGUCGGAGAAGUAUCUUCUUGUGCAUUGUACUCACGGACAUAAUCGUACAGGGUUUAUGAUUGUUCAUUACCUUAUGCGGUCUAGACCGAUGAUGAGUGUUACACAAGCCUUGAAAAUAUUUUCGGAUGCUCGCCCGCCGGGUAUCUAUAAACCCGAUUACAUUGAUGCUCUAUACAGAUUUUAUCAUGAGGUUAAACCUGGGAGUGUUAUAUGUCCACCAACUCCUGAAUGGAAGAGGUCUGAAGAAGCUAAAUUCGACGAUGAUGAUAAUGCUCUGUCUUACCGUGAGGUACAAGGAAACAAUCAGGAGGAGAAUGUGCAGUUGUCUAAUGAUGAUGUUUUGGGGGAUGAAAUACCCUAUGAUCAAGAGGUGUCUUACCAGAAUUCAAUUAAUCAUAUGCUGAAUAUUUCUAUGCAGUUCCCUGGCUCGCACCCUCUAUCAUUAGGUAGAGAGGCAUUGCAACUCUUGAGGCAACGGUACUAUUACGCGACAUGGAAGGCAGAUGGAACGCGGUACAUGAUGCUCUUGACUAGAGAUGGAUGUUAUCUGGUUAAUAGAGAGUAUAGGUUUAGAAGAGUACAAAUGCGUUUCCCUUGUGAGUACGAGCCAAGUGAUUAUAAAGUGCAUCAUUACACAUUGCUUGAUGGAGAGAUGGUUGUAGACACAAUUAAGGAAGGAGAAACGCAGCGCCAUGUGAGGAGGUACCUCGUGUACGAUUUGGUAGCGAUCAACGGGCAAUUUGUGGCAGAGAGGCCUUUUAGUGAAAGAUGGAAUAUUCUUGAGAGAGAGCUGAUCAAACCGCGUAAUGACGAGAAGAAGGUUAGGGAUCAUUGGUAUAGAUAUGAUAAGGAGCCUUUUGGUGUACGGAUCAAAGCUUUUUGUUUACUCUCUGCUGUGGAGAAGAAGGUUUUCAAUGAGUUGAUUCCACUGCUUUCACAUGAAUCAGACGGACUAAUAUUUCAAGGUUGGGACAAUCCUUAUGUUUUCGGACCCAACAAAGAUCUACUGAAGUGGAAGUUUGUGGAAACACUUGAUUUUCUGUUUGAUAUGGACAAGUAUGGACGUCAAAUGCUCUUCUUGCAAGAACGUGGGAGGAUGAAGCUUAUGGAAGGCUUUGCCGUUGAGUUUAGAGGUGAUGGUUGGGACAAUGACCUGGCUAGUUACUGUGGAAAGAUUGUGGAGUGUUCAUGGGAUAAGGAGAAGAAAGUAUGGGUUAGUUUGCGGAUUAGAGUUGAUAAAUCGAAACCGAAUGGUAUCGGGACCGGUCGUAGCGUGAUAAAGUGCAUAGAAGAUGACUUAACGAAAGAGGUUUUGCUGAAGGAGAUCAAAGAGAUUAUCCUUCUACCGAUGUACGUUGAGCGCAUCGAAAAUGAUACAAAAGAAGCUGCACGUCGCAAGCAUGGAAACCGUAAAGGCUAA